AUGGCUGUGCGAGCAGCAGGAUUGAAUGGCGGAUUGAGAGCGACACGGACGACGACGAUAUGGCGACCGCUGCCGUCGGCGACGAGGGCGUUGGCGACCGUUUCGGACCGUGCGAUAGGCGGCUUGGGGCCGUUGGAGGAGUAUGACCGACGGGUGGAUGCUGGUAUCUUGCGCAACGACGAGCAUCAAAGAGGCAUCAUCGAGAACUUGCAGCACCUUCACAAUGAGCUCCGCAACUAUCACGCGCCGCCUGUCGUCCAUCCGAGCCCCGAUCUCCUCAAACCGGCCAAGAAAUCCGUCUUCUCAUCGCUCUUUGGUAACGGAAGCGGCGCAAAGGCAACGAUCAAGGACAUUCCCGAGAAUCUACCCCGAGGACUGUACCUGUUUGGCGAUGUGGGCAGCGGCAAGACAAUGCUCAUGGACCUCUUUUACGACACCCUCCCGCCCUCGGUGAAGACCAAGACGAGGAUACACUUUCACAACUUCAUGCAGGACGUGCACAAGAGGCUGCACAAGAUGAAGAUUCAGCAUGGAAGCCAUGUCGAUGCCGUGCCGUUUGUUGCGGCGGAUAUUGCAGAGCAGGGCAAUGUGCUUUGUUUUGACGAGUUUCAGUGUACGGACGUGGCGGACGCCAUGAUUCUGCGGAGGCUGCUAGAAUGCCUCAUGUCUCAUGGCGUGGUCCUGGUGACAACGUCGAACCGUCACCCAGACGACCUAUAUAAAAACGGAAUCCAGCGAGAGUCCUUCAUCCCAGCAAUCAAGCUCCUCAAGAACCGCCUCCACGUCAUCAACCUCGACUCACCCACAGACUAUCGCAAGAUUCCUCGGCCGCCCUCGGACGUCUACCACACCGCACUAGACCAGCACGCAGAGUCGCACGCCGAGAAAUGGUUCCGCUUCCUGGGCGACUCGGAGAACUUUGCGCCGCGAUCCGAGACGCAAAAGGUCUGGGGGCGAGACAUUUUCGUGCCGCGCGUCAGCGGGCGGUGCGCGUGGUUCACGUUUGACGAGCUCAUCAAGAAGCCCAAGUCGGCGGCCGACUACCUCGAGCUGGUGCGCAAAUAUGACGCCUUCAUCGUGACGGAGGUGCCUGGCAUGACGAUUCGCGAAAGAGAUCUCGCCCGUCGCUUCAUCACCUUUAUCGAUGCCGUGUACGAGGGCAAUGCCAAGCUUGUCCUCACGACGGAGAAGCCUCUUGGAGAACUCUUUGUCUCGCGCGACGAGGUUGCGGAGACGCUGCUCCAGGCGAACCCGUCUGCGGCAAAGCCCUCCAAGGACGCUACGCAGAGCGUGAUGGAGAAUUUGUCAGAGAAUGUCAACAAGCUGAAAAACUCGAAUCUCUUUGCUGGUGAGGAGGAGGCUUUUGCGUUUGCCAGAGCGCUGAGUCGUCUGAGUCACAUGGAGAGCAAAGAGUGGGUUGAGAGAGGGCUUGGGUUGGAGAACAAGGGCGGCAAAGAGGAUAAAGAUAGCUGGACGAAGACGAGGAGUCGACAGAUGGAAGACUCUAUGUGAUUUUUGUGACCAAUGGAGCGAGGAAGCAACAAG